AUGGUCGGCUAUGAAUUCACCCACAGUCGGCUGGUGGAGGGCUUCAGGCCGCCUCCGGGCGCCGAGCCGGCCGGCCAGACGCCAACUCUGGAGCAGUGCCUGCGGGACGGCCGGCCCGAGUGCACCUUCCUGAACGGCCACCAGUACCCGGAGCUGGCCGUGCCCUUCUUCUGCGGACACGACAGCGAGUGCACGCGGCACAACUCGCGCUGGGCGCUGGAGCGAGCCAAGCGCACAGUGGAGCGCCGCUUCGUUACAGUGGGGGUGCUGGAAGACAUGAACACCACGCUGGCCGUGGCCGAAACGCUGCUGCCCAGGUUCUUCUCCGGCGCCUGGGACCGCUUCUUCAUCGACCUCGUCGGCCAGAUCGGGGAUUCCAUGCUGAUACGGCCGCGUGGCGAGCUCUCCAGCAAGGCGCGGAGCCAGCUGAGGGCUAACCUGACCACCGAGUACGAGUUCUACGAGUUCGUGCUGCGCCGAGUCGAGCAGCAGUACAACGCAUUCGUGCUGGGGUCCUAGCGCUGCGGCACGUCUGCCUCCUGAGCGCACCAGGUGCCCCCACCGGAGCCGCGGCGGUGCACUGCCGGGCGCCCGGCUGCUGAUCACGUCCGCGGGCGGGCUGGCUGGAGACGGCCGCUCCGCCACCGUCACCGGGCGACGAACGGACGCAGAUCCAGCCGAGAGGCUUCAGAUCCGGCCCAGCAGAUCCGAGCGGCUGCUGGUCCGGGGCGUGUGGGUGUGUGCGUGAGAACGCCCGGUGUCAGCCUGGAGCACGGAUCGACACCGGCGCCGGUCAGUGCCGAGCUACGCCGCCGGCCCCGGUGAGCACGGCCGGUCUGACGGCCGGUCUGAGCGUGCGGCUGCCGCCGUCUGCCAGCUGCGGGGCAGCUGUCUGGGCUCACACGGCGUCGGCCGGCGACCACGGCGGUCUGGGGGGACCUGCCACGGGGCAGAGCUACCGACCACGGCGGUCUGGAGGAUCCUGCCACGGGGCAGAACCAUUGUCGGGAGCGUCGGACGGUCCAGCAGCGCGACAUGUGCGUCGCGGCUCACAGCGGCAGUCUAGUCUUUCAUGUCAAUAUGGACGUGCUGGUUUUGGUUGGCUAUGACGGACGACGCCCUCUAUUGUUUAUCAUGUUAGAGCUGACUGCGAUUUGCGUGUGCGUGUGGGUGUGUGAGGACAGUCGGUGUGAUUCAUAUGCCAAACGUUUCGUUACUGUGAUCCUACAACGACAUUUGUGGCAUGACUUUUGCCGUUUGUUGGCUGAUGUGUAUGGAUAACAUUUCGAGGUCUACCUGCGAGCGCCAGUGAUCAGGCCCUUGAUGCAACUGAAGUCUGGUGGUCAAGAUGUACUUCGCCAUUAAUGGGUGCGAAUGAUGUCAGAAGGAAUCAACGUUUCUGAUUGGCAGAACAGAUGGUGUUUGGCAUCCAGCGAUAAGUGCAUUGUUGGUGGAAGUUUGAAUAUGUGCGUCAAUUCACCAAGUGAUGUGGCGCUGGUAGACACCUGCUUUGUCAACACAGCAUGUUUGCCAGUCAAAAUUUCAUUCAAAAAGAGUCACUAUGCUAAACGCCAUAUGGAGUAAAUCAGAACAGCAGCAUAAACAUUCAUUGCAUUCGCGUGGAUAUUGCAUCAUAUUUGUACACCGUCCUCCACAAUAAAUAAUUUCAAGGUCUUAUGACACUUAUCGCACAAGCGACUCAACUGAUUAGUGCAUUGCAAUCAUGACAAACAAGGCAUGAUUGUAAAAGCAAAGGGAAUGAAGGUCGUUA